AGGAGCGCGUUAUCAGCGCUAUUAAGUCAUUCUAUCUCUGUUUUAUAUCUAAUGAUAGAGUGAUGGAGUACCGCACACAACCGCAGUUAACGCGGCCGUAGCAAGCGGGCGUGUGGCGUGUGCGUUACAUAUGUGUUGAUGAAUGCUUUAUCAACACUUAUCGAAGAGUUGCGUAGAGCGGAAAUCUGUCAUACAACAAAGUCACGUUCUCUCAAGCCGUGUUUGUGGUAGCCGAAAGAACACCAAGUGUAGGAUUUAACAGAGCGUCACUACAGUUCCCAAUCCAAUGUUCCCAGAACACGAGUUUUUAGAAGACAGUAAUAUACUCCCUCAGUUUUGUGAUGAUCUAUUUCAAUCAUGGAGCACUGAGCUAGGAAUAUCUAUUGUGCCAGACAAAGAACAGCCAAUACAUAACUAUGAUAAAACCGCAAGCGAGGAAGAAACAAGAGAUUUUCUUGAUUUCUCAAUCUUUAAAACUAUUGAUACAUCAGAGUUGGAUGACUUUAUAACUGACCUUAAAAGUGAAUUUAAAUUAGAACCUGAAAGUCCUUAUACACAGUUUCCAUCAUCACCUAGCAGUCUUAGUUAUUCAGAAUCUAAUGAUUCAGACAAACAAGUAACAAUAUGUUCAAUGCAAGAGAUAUCAAACUCUUUGAUACAAAAUAUAAACACAGGCACAAAGCAUGCAACUUUGCCAUCUCAUUUGUCAACUCUACAUGUAUCGGACACAUCACAAGUUGAAUUUGUACCUCUAAAGAAAGAAAAUGUUAAACAUACAAAGUAUAUUCUUCCAAAAGAAGAAUCUAACAAGCAAACCAAUGUUGAUAUCCAGCCUAUGGAUAUUACACAAUGUAUAGAAGAAGGCAAGUCUCAAAAUACUGUCACCUUUCAAGAUUGUAUUACUAUUGCAUCAACUGGGAACUCACAGCAUGUAUUGUAUCCCAUGAACUUUCCAACAAACAAACAGAAUAUACAGAACUCUCUGAACAUUGAUUCGGUAAAAUCAAAAGUCACAGUAUUACCACAGAAUGUGAAAAUAAUCAAGUCUAUAUCAAAUGCUAGUCCUCCAAGUGCAGAAUCGGUGACUCCUAUCUUUCUAAAAAAUAGCGGUGUAUUACGUAACAAAAUUGAUGUCGCAAGCAAACCAAACAACAUGAAUUACAUGCAGUUCCAAGUAGUGCAGGAUAAAACACACUCCCAGCCGUUAAUCGUGAAGAACGAACCAGUCACUUAUGUGGAUACACUGAGAAACACUGAAGAGUGCAAUUUAAGGGCGCUGAAGAGACAACAAAGAAUGAUAAAAAAUAGAGAAUCUGCCUGUCUUUCGCGAAAGAAGAAAAAAGAAUACGUGACCUCUUUGGAGAGAGAAAUAUCGGAGUUGAAGGAAGAAAAUACACAACUUAAAUCGGAAAACAGAACUUUAAAGAAACUAGUAACAUCACUGAAAGGCCGUUGCACGUGUAUUAGAGAUGAUAAACUUGGAAAUUUAAGCGAGAAUUUCAAGCGAAAUAAAAAACUAAAAAUUGCUUUAUGUGGUUUCUUUUUCUUAGUAGUCAAAAUCAGUUUUUGGGGAAAAAGUGUAUUUUGUAGCAACCAUUUACUAGCCGAUAACGCAUCUUUGACAAGGACGAAGAUACCCCUAAAGGACACGUAUUUCAUUACCGAAGAUGCUGAUUUGUCGAUAAACAUGCCAGAGAUUGGAUAUAAAAGCAGAACGUUGUUGUCCUGGACAGUAAACGAAAACGAUAAUAAUAUAGAAGACAGUUUCAACAGAAGCAUACCGGCACUGAAAUGUCCGAUGUACAUCAACCAAUCCGAGUCCGAUCGUUUGGACAGUGAGUUGAGACGUUGGAUCGACAGUGAGGCUGAUCGAGAUAAUCGAAGUGCACUGAAAAAAGUGAACUUGGAAAAUAAGUCGUUGUCAAGAAACGGAUUGUUGUCGAAACCGUCGCUGGAAGAGAGACCAAAAAAGAAGUCGUACUUAUCGCGAGACAGACCAAUAAAAACUGUGCAAAAAAUGAUUGAUAUUCCUGUUGCCGAUCGAUAUUUGAACAAUCAAGCGGUCGAAGUCUUUUCUCCAACGUUGAGUAAACAUGCUUCAUUAUUCGAAGCUUUGGGUAGAAGAGAAGAUACGUUUUACGUGGUUUGGUUCAGCGGAGAACAUUUGCUACUGCCAGCUUCACAGAAAAAUGACACAGCUAGACCUAAAAUGUCUUUGGUUUUACCAGCUGUGUCUAUAGACGGUACAUUUUCGACAUCGCCUAAUCAUAUAACAAUGAUGCAAAUCGAUUGUGAUGUAACCAAUACGCAACUGCUGCACUUGCAACAGUCAAUUAUACCUGUUCACUUGCGAAACAACAAGUCCACAACAAGUCAAUCAAAUCGACGCCACUCUGUCGAAGAUACGGUCGAUACGUUCACAACCAACAUGACUAAAAACUUCAAACCGUAUUUCAUGAAAAAAAACAAAUUAAAAACUUUGACGUAGAAACCACAUAUAAACGAUUACGCAUAUGACUGACACAUAUUUAGGAGUGUAUGCACAAAUCAUGCAAUGAAUAUCUUAGGUUUGUACAUAGGAGAAAGUACGUUCCUAGUCUUCCGAUACAGAGAAUUCACCACAGUUGUGUGGUAUAUUAGACAGAUAAUAAUUAUAUAAUAUAUAGAGAUUGAAGUGAUUUUGU